CCUCUGCCCCCCUCCAUGAUCGGCUCGGCCAUGACCAGCUCCAUCGGCGGGCUGGGCUCUCCCUUCCCGGUCAUCAGCUCCUCCAUGGGCUCCCCGGGACUGCCGGCCACCCCCUCCAUCGGCUACGGGCCCGUCAGCAGCCCCCAGAUCAACUCCACGGUGAACCUGUCCGGCCUCCACUCGGUCAGCAGCUCGGAAGACGUGAAGCCUCCCGUGGGCAUGAGGGUCCUUCCGGGACACCCCCACAGCGGGCUGAUGCCCGGGAAGCGGCUGUGCGCCAUCUGCGGGGACCGGUCCUCGGGGAAGCACUACGGGGUCUACAGCUGCGAGGGCUGCAAGGGCUUCUUCAAGCGCACCAUCCGGAAGGACCUGACCUACACCUGCCGCGACAACAAGGACUGCAUCGUGGACAAGCGCCAGCGGAACCGCUGCCAGUACUGCCGCUACCAGAAAUGCCUGGCCACGGGCAUGAAACGCGAAGCCGUGCAGGAGGAGCGCCAGCGGGGGAAGGAGAAGGACGGGGACUGCGAGCUGGCCGGCUCGGGGGCCAACGAGGACAUGCCCGUGGAGAAGAUCCUGGAGGCCGAGCUGGCCGUGGAGCAGAAGUCAGACCAAGGCGUCGACGGGGCCGGCAUGGGGGGCAGCUCGCCCAACGACCCGGUGACCAACAUCUGCCAGGCUGCGGACAAGCAGCUCUUCACGCUGGUGGAGUGGGCCAAGCGCAUCCCCCACUUCUCGGAGCUGCCCCUCGACGACCAGGUCAUCCUGCUCCGGGCCGGCUGGAAUGAGCUGCUGAUCGCCUCUUUCUCCCACCGGUCCAUUUCGGUGAAGGACGGGAUUCUGCUGGCCACAGGGCUGCACGUCCACCGCAACAGCGCCCACAGCGCCGGCGUGGGGGCCAUCUUCGACAGGGUGCUGACCGAGCUGGUGUCCAAAAUGCGAGACAUGCGGAUGGACAAGACGGAGCUGGGCUGUCUCCGUGCCAUCAUCCUCUUCAACCCAGACGCCAAGGGGCUCUCCAACCCCGGGGAGGUGGAGCUGCUGCGGGAGAAAGUCUACGCCUCGCUAGAGUCCUACUGCAAGCAGAAGUACCCGGAUCAGCAGGGGAGGUUCGCCAAGCUGCUGCUGCGCCUGCCCGCCCUGCGGUCGAUCGGCCUGAAGUGCCUGGAGCACCUCUUCUUCUUCAAGCUGAUCGGGGACACCCCCAUCGACACCUUCCUGAUGGAGAUGCUGGAAGCCCCCCACCAGAUGUCCUGA